AUGGCGGGAGGCAGCUCCGCCGGCGUGCCUGGGUCAUCCCAGGACUCACCCCGUGCCAGUCUCGCCCAAAAGGUAAUGCCAGGGGCCAGCGCUCGAGAACCCCGCCCGUCGCGGAAGCCCUCCAGAGCGGUUUUCCUCUGCAUUCCUGCUCUCCCAUUCCUGCUUUUGGCUGCGGCGAUUUGCCUCGUCUACGUGAACUACGUCGACCUUCCUUCCCCCGCGCCGCCGACCCUGCCGCCCACUGUGUUUUCGGAGGGGCGCGUGCAGUCCUUCCUGAACGCGCUCACGUCGGGUGUACGUACACUGGGCAGCUGCAACAACGAACUGUUUGCUCCGCUCCUGAUGCUUCGCUUCGUCAAGGAAGAACUCCUCGGAUUCCGACCUCUGUCGGCGCAGCCCGGAGCUGGACCCGCCGCGACCCGGACUUCGGACCCGGAAAAGGCCAGCGACACUCCUGCAGCUUCGCGUUCGGUCGAACCUGUCGUCGUCCACUCCUUCUCGUAUUAUCUCCAGGCGACCUACGGCCCUCCUGCGACCUUUCCCGCCGUCGCCGCAAACCGGAAACCGCCCUCGCACGCAGAAGGCGCGCUUCCCCGCGUGUAUCCGCCGGCGCUUCUCUCGCCUCUCACGCUGUGCUCCGUUCCCCUCGAGCUGUCCACGCCCAGUUUUUCCGGCGCGGAAAACCUCCCGACAGACCUGCGGGCGCGUCUCUCCAAAAUCGAGGUUCCACACUGCGCGUCGCUCACGCAUUCCCGCCGCGUCUGCGAAGGCGAGCACGGCUCCGAACCGGGGGAAAACGCGCGGAAACGGACGGACCCGAGCGACUCGGGCGUAGCUACACCCGACGCAGAGACUCUGCAUCCCGACGGACGCAUCUCCGCUGCCGCUCUCCGUGCGUUUGUUGAAGGCGCCGUCGACGCUUACGAUGCGGCCCUCCACACGCGGCUCCUGUCCUCCUUCCAGGACGGUUCAAACGUGGAUCUUGCUGAUAGUCCCGAGCUCCGGGGAGCGCUGUUCCCCCCCACGACGGUGCCGGCUCCGGCGGCCUCGCUUCGCGCUGAAUCCGCGUCGUCCAGUGUAUGGUGGCCAGGUACACCCCAACUCCGGACGCGAUGCUUCAAAGUCACCCGCUACCUGCUUGCCUCAGCUGUGGGGGCGAAGAUUCUCGGAGACGGAACGGGACGCGCGACCGAAGAGGCGCUGAAACACCUCCUCGUCGUCGACGUCUCCUCCAGCUCGGCGUUUGCGGGAGGGACAUUCUUCAAGUGGAACGAUGGCCGACACGCCCUGUACUCGGGGCUGUACAACCUCGCACUCCGCAUUCAGCCCUUCAGCGUCCUGGAAACGAACCGAACUUCCGCUCAAAAUGCACUGCUCCUCUCCGCCCACGCAGACAGCGCCAGUGGAUCACCGGGCGGGAGCGAUGACGCGGCGAUGGUCGGGACACUCUUGGAAGUCGCGAGAAACGCGGUGUACAUCCACCUCGCGAGUGUCGAGAAGACCUUGAAUGCGGCAAGGGAACAAGGCAGCGAGCGAGCUGAGGCGGAAGGACAUGACCAGAAACUGUGGACGCUCGACGCCCCCGUGAUCGUCGACAUUAAUGGCGCGGAGGAAGUCGGCUUGUUGGGAGCUCACGGCUUCGCCAUGCUUCAUCCCUUUGCUCGCCAGGUCGCGUACGCCGUCAAUUUAGAGGCAGCCGGUCGAGGCGGGAAAGAGAUGCUUGUUCAGACGACUGGUACUCACGGAACGCGCCUCGUCGCACACUACAAGUCGAUUUCCGCGUCGCCGCAUGCAUCCUCUCUUGCCAUGGAUGUCGGCGACAUGGGGCUCUUCCCAGGAGAGACAGAUCUUCGGGUUUGGCGCGACGUCUUGCACGUGAAGGGAGGCAUCGAAUUUGCCUGGACCUCCGACGGGUUUUUCUACCACACAAAGUACGACGACGUCCACCGCAUGCGGCCGGGUGCGAUCCAGCGCGUCGGAGACCUCGUUCUGCCUCUCGCGCAGAAGUUGACGGCAGACCUCGCCGCGCAGCGAGAGAAAGGCGACGUCGCAGCGGACAAGGCGGAGGCAGGAGCCCACGGUUCUGACGACAACGGCGACGCGGGCGUUCUCGAGGGGAAACGUGGAGACGCGCACGUGUUGCCCGGAAACGCCCAAGCCGGCGGUGGAGCGGGCUGCACGGCGGGGAACAGCGCAGCGUCGCUUUGGGGGCAGACCCUCCCGGAGACUUCGUGGCCUCGGUCUUCGUCGUUUUUUGCGGACGUCUUGGGGACUUUUCUCUUUGUCUUUCCUCUGCGCUACUUUGAAGUGCUUCUGGUCUUGCUCGGCCUUCUGCUGCGCAUGCAAGUCCGCCUGGAAGCGCAGGUUCUCGGUCUGAGGUUCUCCCUGCCUCUGCUCCUCCUCGCCGUCGGCUCCUUCCUGCUGGCCUUGAUCGCCCCGCUCGCCCUCGCAGCCGUCGCCUCGCAGUUGCUCGCCCUCCUGUCGCUUCCUCUCCUCACCUUCUGGGACUGGAGACUGGGCGCGGCUCUUUUCGGGACGCUGGGAACCGCCGCCUUCUUUGCGGCGUGGCACCGGUUGAUGUUCGCGCGCCUGUUCAGGCGCUUCCCGGCGACAAGACACCCGUUCAAAGCCGAGCAGGCAGCGCUUCAUGGGGCGAUUGCUGUCUCUCUGCUUCUUCUCGCGGUUCUGCGCUACUCCGGCGCGAGGGCUGCGUUUGUGCCUCUCGCUCUCGUGCUCUUGUCCUCGGGCAGUCGCGUUUUGGUCCUUUUGUUCCUGAAGAACCAGCGGUCGUUUUCCGCGUCUCGCGGUUCCCCACCGGAAAACCGAGGAACAGAAGACUCGCUAAAACUGCGCGAACGCGGACCAGGAGAAAAAAUGUGGAUCCUCACCGCCGCCCACUGCGCCGCUCUGGUGCUGCCGACGGUGGCGAUCUUGCAGAUGACGACGACUUUGGCGAACACCUUCGCAGCGGUUCUCGGGCGCGUGCACUCGGUGUGGGGCCUCGGCGACAGUUUUGGAUUCACAGUCUCCGUUUUCCCGCUCCUCCUCGUUCUUUUUCCUCUGCUGGUCUGGCCGUCGCUCUUCUUCGCCAUGCACCACGCCGACGCGUCGCGAGAAGCCGUGUCUGCGCAUCACGCCCAUCCAGGGAGAAGGCGAGCGCGCCAAAGUGUGCUUUCCCUCUGGAUGGUGUUGACUGCUGUCGGCUUUGCUUUGGUAGCCGUCGGAGUCGUUUUCUUCCAUACAAAUCCUCCCGAAGAGCCGCUGCGCGGCGGUGCGCAAGACCCGAGACCCGGUGUCUAUACACCGGAGACCCGCCGGCAGACGGCCGAGCUCAACAUGUGGCAGGCGGUUCAAAACCGCCUGGGUCAGGUCGUUUCGAUUUUCCUCCGGUCCAGGAACGAAGACAUACUGUUCCCGUUCUCGAAGGAGACUCCUCUCCGGCUCGACGUGCGCCUUUUCAGCCGAAAGCGCGUUCGCGGAUUCACGGCAAAAGGACGAAUGGAGCUGGAAAAGACCGAGGGCGGGACGGACGAAGAAGUGGGCAUUCUGCUCCGAGGCGUCAGUCCGUCCGGGCACGUCUUGGACCCGACUAGCCACGCGACAGGCCGAACUCUCGACGCGGUGUAUGGCGCCCUCUCAGCGGUUCUGCGCAGAGGCGGAGAAAAGAAAGACGAAAACGUGCAGGAAAGCGACAGAGACGAGCGCGUUUGGCCGGAGCUCGUGGCAGAAAAAUUCGUCCACUUCGAAGGGAUGUCGCCUGAGGACACACAGAAGGUGAUGCUUCGCUUUCCGCAAAUUCCUGUCGCACAGAACAAGGGUCACGCCAUUGCGAUUUUUUUGUCUUCUGGCGACAAAGACAGAAAAGACCAAGCCGACGCGCCGGCGGCCGCCUCACCGCGGAUGCUUCUACCGCCUCAUCCAAUCCAUUCCAAGACGUCAGGGAAAGGCCCAACCGUGCCGUCGUCGAUUUUCCUUCACCCUACCUCGGCGUUCUUCUCUUCGCGUUACGACCCGUCCACAGACCGCACGCACUGCCGGAUUCGCAUCGGCGGCUCCUCGUUGUUUUUUCUGCUUCUCCCUGCGUCGCCAAUUGUUGGCUGGAGUCUCGACAAGACGAUGAGUCUUGAGAAAAUCCGAGGUUGCGAUUGCCUGGUGCUGACGGUGUUUGCGCCCCACCCGCCGGUACUCGCAGAUUUCUCCCUCACCCUCAAAGGCAAAUCCGGCCUGACGUUCAGUUCGACUUCCUCACUGAUGGACCCGCUUGAGCCGGUUUCCAGCUGCCGAGAAGCUUCUCUGUUUGGGGUGGCUGCAUCCGUCUCUGCGUUUUCUCCUUCGACGCGUCCUCCUGAGGAGCACCGGCUCGCAUCCGCGGAUAGGAGACAGCACAGGAAGGACAAACAGAGAGACCACAGUGACGGCAAAGUCGAGGGAACUGCGCAUGUGGCUUUCUGGGAAGAGCUCGAGAGACGCCUGCCUGGAUACGUUGUUGGGACAUACUAUGUCGCUGAACACAUCCAGUGGGAGGUGCCGCCACCGCCUUUUGAGGGAAGCUUCUUCGCAGCCGGGCGUGACUCGGAUUAA